CGCGGAGUUUAAGUCUGGGCUUAUGUGGAGCAUUUGAAACUAAGCGCUACGAAGUUCGGGUUUUUAGGUGGGAUGAGACUAUGAUACAUAGGCAACCUUUGAGCGGUGCUGCAGUGACUUUGAAGAUUUACCCAUUUGCUAGAGUUUAAAGAGGAUUGUAAAUUACUGUUACGAAUUAGUAUUUAAAGUCAAGAGUUAGGGUUACCCAAGCUGCCAACCUUGGGGGAAUUUUGGGGUUUUCGUCUCAUUUCCCCAAAAUUUACUAUUGCGGCUUCCCCAAAAUGGACCGAAUUUUCCCAAAAGUUGGUAGCUUGUGUAGGAUAAGCUGAAAUCCCAAAAUGCUAUUAAACCACAUGGAUAGACGAACUUCUCGGAAAAAUUAAAGUCGUACUUUCCUCAAUUUCAUUGGUUUGUCCUCAGAUUAUACCCUUAUCUCAGAUUGUUUUGGUUUUGAUUAUGUAUUGUUAAUGGUGUUUGUUGGAUGCUUCAACCGUCCAGUGUAAUCGCAUUCUUUGUAGUUUGUGAAUCGUUGACUCACUUGUUUUCUCGUAGUCCACGCUCCUUUUCAUGCUACCGGAGGCUGAACAUUUAUAUCAUAUGGGUGCCGAAAGCCUUUCAUAAAUCGUCUAGUUGAUUUUGUUCUUUGGACCUUUUUCACUAAAACUCGUAAGCCGACUUUAAUAAUUAGUAAGCUGAUUGUUGAUAGUCAGCUAUUGUGGAUGACCUUUGAGCGACGCUAAAUUGACUUUGUGAGUGUCUGCCUUCUUACUAUGGCUAAAUGAGGUCUAUAGAGCAGUUGAAUGAGUAAGGAUCAUGAUCCACAGUUGAUGGUUAUGUUUAGGAAUUAGAUUUGCGGUUUUGCGUCACGAUCUAACUUGAGCUAAAAUGUCAAGACUCUAUUUGACCAAAUGGGCUAGUGAAUUUCACGCCAAAAUUCAAGACCUGUUAUUUUAAAUCUGGUUGGUUCGUUCAUUGAUUAUAGUCUCGCGGAAUAGGGUUUAACCGGUCUAGAUUGAAACAAAUGGAUAGAAAUACGUUUAUAUAUUGUUUUUCGGGAUAUUAGUUCUGAACCGUGUGAAUGAGUCAUACGAAGUGAAGACUUGUUAAGUUUCAUAAACAUUUUUUGUUUUAGAAGUAAGGCCUAUAAACCCUAAUGGUUUAAAAAUUGUGUUCAGUUAUCACAUAUUGUCUAAAUACGAUCUUUCAGUAACAUUGGUGUGACUUGAAUUGUUGGGAAACGGUCAUAUGUAAAUUAAAUGAGAGGAUAUGCAGUUGAUAUUGUUGCUCCUACUGUGAGGUAUUCUACAUAAAUCGCUGUUCACAAAUACAACGCUUCAUUUGUGUAUUCCUUGGAGAUGAAACCUGGGAUAUGAAUAGAAAUGAAGACAUGUUGAACUAUGUCUACUAACAUGAUAGUUAUCUUGCAUACAUGUUUGCAUGUUGGGAAAGUAUUCGAAGAUAUUGGUACUCUUAAAUCAUAGAUCUUGUAUCGAUUUCGAGAGGACUGUAUACUAGGGAUUCCGGAAGUAAUGUUUAGUUAGUUUACCCAUGAAAAUUAAUUUAUCCUGUGAACUAUAAUUGUGCUCUCAAGUCCUCUUAUUUGUCACUUUAACUAAUGAAUCUUUCGAAAUGCAGAUUAUAAUGGCAUUGAUAGAACGAAUGAGCAUUCUUGGAAUUCGAAGUUUUGGACAGGAAACAUCCCAAAAAAUUGAAUUUUUUACACCUGUCACUUUGAUUCUUGGUCAGAAUGGAACGGGAAAAACGACUGUCAUCGAGUGUUUGAAAUAUUCAGCAACUGGAGAACUACCUCCUGGAUCGAAAACUGGGUGUUCAUUUAUCCAUGAUCCUAGAAUAGCACAAGAAAGUGAAGUGAAAGCCAAAGUCACUCUUCAAAUUCGUGAUGUUAAAGGUUGCCCUAUGGUUGUUUCACGAGCACUUAUGGCAACACAGCGUGAUAAAACAAAGCAAGGGACUUUAAAAACUCUGGAUGGAUCAAUAAAACGUCAGUACUCAGACGGACGUGUUACAAGUGUCAGCCUACGAUGUACUGACCUAGAUCAGGAAAUGGUUACAAGUUUGGGUGUAUCAAAAGCUGUCUUGGAAAAUGUUAUCUUUUGUCACCAAGAAGAUUCCAAUUGGCCUUUACAAGAAGCGAAAUCGGUAAAACAACGUUUCGACGAUUUGUUUGCUUCAUCACGUUAUGUGAAAGCACUGGAUGCCAUUCGGAAGUGUAAACAAGACAAUGAUGGCAAUGUUAAAUUAUAUAAAACUGAGUUGAAACAUUUAACCAAAAAUCGUGAUGAAGCUUUGAAACUUCGUUCUGAACGAGAAGAAACACUUCAUUCAAUUGAAAAACAGGAAAAAAAUCUAGAAGAAAUGUCUGCAAAGCUUCAACCUGUCGUUGAACAACUCAACCGUUAUAAAGAACGCUACGCAGAACUAACAAAACUACAAGCUGAAAUCAAGUCUUGUGAAGCUGAACGUGCUCAUUUAACAGACACAAUAAAGAAUUUAAUGUUAAACAUACAGAACGAGUAUCAAGGAAGUGAUGAAGAAUUAAAGCGUUUGAUUGAAGAUGCUGAGACAGAAUACGAAAAGAAAAUUUUUCUGUUGAAUCAAUCUGAAAAUAUAUUACAAAGAAAACGUAAAGAGUUAAAUACUUUGGAAACGGAUCAAACAAAAACUAUUGUUGAGAAAACACAAAUUGAAAUGGAGGUUAAGCGUUUGAAUGAAGCAAUAAUCAAUCGUGAUAUGAUCUUAGCCUCGAUCGUUACAAAUUACAUUCCCGGUGAUAUGUAUGCAGACGUGAAACAAUUCACCGAUGAGGAUGUGGAGUAUAUUGUGCAGUUUGUUGAUGGAUUACUACAUGAAUAUGAAAAUCAAUUAACAGAAGUGAAGCUGCUAUCGGCUAAUGAAGAGAGGAAAGCUCAAACUGAUGUUGAUGUUGUUCGAGAUGAAUUGGCUGCUUUAAAACAAAAAAUACAAACUAUAAAACGUAAUUAUAAUCAACGAUCAUGUGAAAUGAUUAGUGUUGAAAAACGCUUAGAAAAUGAACAUUCAUUAAAUGAACGUAUUGAAAAAGUCAGAGAUCAAUUUCAUAAAUCUGAAAUCACCAUUCGAGAUUUAAAUGCGGAUCAUGAAUUGAACAACUUACAUCAAUCCAUAACAGAAUCGUUGGGAAAGAAAAAGGAACUGGAGCAUACAAUCAGUUUACUAGAUGAAAAAAUUGCGACAUUUCAAAAAAGUGCCAGUAAGUAUCGUGAGUUAGAACUCAUGCAGAAAGAACGAGCGAAUAAACUUGAAGGGAUUCGCAAAAUACGAAGUCGUCAUGCUGAAGCAUUGGAACAAGUUUUCGCUGGCUCUGUGAUUCCUUUUGUAGCUACAGAAAAGUCACUUGAAGAACAAGCGAAUCCUAAUAAUAUUCGAUCGUUUAUUAAUGAUCAAACACGUUUAAAGUUUGUAUUCUCUAAACGACUUGAUGAAUUGGAACAGUCAACUAGAGAGACAAGAAAACAGUUGGCUAAAAUUGAGCAAGAGCGCUCAUCACUUGAAGCUACUUCUAAAUUUACCAGAAAUCAUCUACAAGAAAAACGAGAUCAACUGAAAAUAUUAGAAGGAAAGCUUUUAUCUGUACCUGGAGCAGAUGAUCUGGAACAAACUCUUAUUAAUCUUCAAGAUAGACGUGGCUCUUUAGAGGAAGAAUAUGCAAACGAACAAGGAAGUGUAUUUUUGUGGUGUAAAUUUCGUGAUCGAUUGUCUCGUGUAGAUUCUGAUUGUCCAGUAUGUCAUCGAUGCUUUGACAGUGAUGCAGAACGUGAUGAAUUAUUAAAUGAAAUUGAUAACCGAAUAAAAACGUUGCCUUCUGAAUUUGAACGUAAAAAACAAGAAUUGAAAGAAAUAGUUUCACGUCUUGAAUCAUUGGUUGAGUUACGUCCCAUAAGUUUAGAGAUCAAAAAUUUACAUGAGGAGAUAAUUCCUGCUCUAGAGUUGAAAAUUAAAGCUGAAUUAGAUAAACUUACUGAUGUACGCAGUCAACGAGAUAAGACAAGCGCUCUACUUGAAACAUAUCAAGCAGAUGAAUCUUUAGCAAAAACAGUACAAGGUGAUUUGGCAAUAUUAGAACGCUUAGAAAAUGAAUCUUAUGAAUUAACAGUUAAAAUUAAUCAAUUCAAAUAUGAAUUUACAGAUAUCACAACAGAUUCUCAAUUAAUUGAUGGGUUGCAAGAGGAAAGAAAGUCGUUACGUGAGUCAUUACUAACAAUUUCUGAAACUAUUGAGGAGAAACAAAAGCGUGUUGAUCAGUUGAAUCAGGCUCAACGUGAAGCGGUCAGUAAAAUGCAUAGACUUAAAGAUCAAAUGCAUAAGUUGCAGCAAGAGAAUUUAGAUAAUGUUCAACUGAAGAAUGAUCUUUCUCGUUUAACUCGUGACUGUGAAAUUUUGAAAAAAGAACUAUCUGAAUUAGAAUCUGAGCAACUUCCAGCUGUUCAUCGUCGAUGGACUGAAGCAUGCGAUGAACGCAGUCGUAUUACUAAGAUCCGUGAAGAAAAUAUUGAACAAGCUACUACAAAGAUUAAUGAAAUUGGUGAAAAACUGAAGAAGCUGACUGACGCAUGUACUUCGGUCAAAUUUGCAUUCGAUUCUCAACCCUUAGAACGGUUGAAGGUGAUUCUUGAAACUGUAGAAGAACUUCAAAAGAACUUAUCUCUUGUCAAAUCUGAGGCUGACACCUGUAGUCAAAAUAUCGAACUCUUAAAAAAACAAAUCAACGAACAUAAAAUGCGUCAGCGAGAAUUGGCGGAUUGUGUCCAAGUUCGUCAACUACGUUGUCAUCUUAACUUUCUCACAGAACGAACAGAAUCCCUUGCCAAAAAUCAAAUGAUUUGUGAUAAUAUUCCUUUAUCAGAUCAGGAUUUAAUUAACGAAACUAAACGUUUAUCAUUAGAAGAGGAAAAACUUCAUUCACUUAAACAAGACAUAUCCAAUCAACUAAGUGAAUUAAACGCAAAACUCUGUUAUCUUAAUCGUGAUUUGAAUGAAAAAUAUACCAACGCUGACAGUGAAUAUCGUGAUAUGAUGUAUCAGCUUAAAACUUCAGAAUUAGCUUGUUCGGAUUUGGAACGAUAUUAUAAAGCUUUAGAUAGAGCGAUAAUGUCUUAUCAUGCUGUUAAAAUGGCUGAUCUAAAUAAAAUUAUCCGAGAAUUAUGGCGCAGUACAUACCGUGGCAAUGACAUCGAUUACAUUGAGAUAUGUAGCGAAGAAGAUACAGCUGCUGCUUUGAAUGUUUGCAGAACGCGAAGAACUUAUAAUUACCGUGUGGUUAUGGUGAAGACAACAACAGGAAGCAUGUCAGUUUCUCGGCCGAAGUCAAAAAACAACACUUCAUGCAAUAACGAAGCCCGUUUAGAUAUGCGUGGACGAUGUUCAGCUGGGCAAAAAGUUCUAGCCAGUUUAAUCAUCCGUUUAGCACUGGCUGAAGUAUUUUGCCUACAUUGUGGAGUACUUGCUCUUGAUGAACCAACGACAAACCUCGACCGAGAAAAUAUUGAAAGCUUAGCUUAUGCUCUGGUAGAGUAAGUGGUUUUCAGCGGCGCAUAUUAUUAGGAAUUACGUAGUAAUUCGGUUUGAAGUAUACGACUAUAUUCAAAAUAGGUCAUUAAAGUUUUAAAACAUAAAACUUAGUGUCAUGUAUUGGUAUUACUGUGAAAGUUUUUUAUUCUGGCUUGGUAUUCAGAAUUAAUAUCGGUAAAAUUCACUUGGUAUCGUUUACGUGAAUCUUCUCAUUGAUGUUUAGGACUGCAAUUGAUCAGUCUCUUAUCGGCAUUUGUUCAUACUGUGCGUAUUGCCUCUAUAUUGCCUUAAUUCACGAGCAUUAUAGGCAAAGAUGGAUAAUGGCUAGCAGUGGAAUCACCAAUGGGAAGAUUCAAGUAAACGAUGCCAAGUGAAUUUAAACUUCACUCCAUCGCACAAGCAAGUGGCUAUCAGGACGCAGUAGUUAAGUGGAUAGCGCGAUGGCGUUUGAAGCGAACAGUACAGAGUUCGAGUGCGAGGACGUAAACUCUGGGAUACAGGUACAUCCAGCUGACGAGUCCCAAAUAGGACGAAAGGUGUGUCCUGGAUCCUACUGCUAGCCACUAUCUAUCUUUGCCUACAAUGAUAUCGGCAAAGUUUAUUGUCUAUUUAUCUUUGUGUUGUCAAUUAUUCAGAUUACUGCAUUUCGUACCUGAAUAAGGUGAAUACUCAAAGCAGGUCUGAAUGAUAACUCUCAUUUUAGUACUAUAACCAAUUUUUUAAUCGGGAAGUAAUAAAUUUAAACCAUCCUUUGCUGUUGUAUAUAAAUGAAACUUAUCUUGUAAUCGCUGUGGAAGUACGCACCUCUAAUUUAAUUAACAGAAGUUUUACCGUUAAGUCUUAAGUAAAUAAUAACAUUACAACAUAGUUUUAUAAGUAUCUUCCAAUUAUCGCUUGAAAUGAUUUGCAUUAAGAACGUCGAAAAUGAAAUCCAGUUCAUUAAAUCAUCAUGGUAAUGUAGUAGUGGUGAUAGUAGUGUGGCGUGCGCCACUUAUGUUGACUGAUAUAAGUAGUACGUGACACCAAUCAGAAGUGGAAUGCCUGGCAGAAGAAGAUUGGAUUGAAGAGAACAGAAAUCUAAACAGACAGUUACCGUAAUAACAAUGAAUCUGAAAGAAUCAUGAAUCAUUUAAAGGACAACUGAAGGGGGAUGUGCAAAUGAUGUACUUAAUGUAUGGUUUUCAUAUUUUACCAAAACAUGCUGCGAUUUUGUAUUAAACAAUAAGUCAGUUAUCUUCACUAAGUCCUCGUUCACUACGGCAAUAUUAGUAGUAGUACUGGAAUGAUUUAAGGAAACUUCAUGUGUAAUAAAUAAACAAAUAAAUUCUAAAAAAUUAAACAUAUACAGAUAUUUUUAAAAGAAACUAACAUUCCAGUUCAUAUUGGUUGUAUUUACUGAUUUGAAGGUGGAUAAUUAUACCAAAUGGUUUAUUUAAAGAUUAUUAGUUUUGUAUAGCCUUACUGAUUGUUUUCAUCCGAACAAUGUUAAAAUUUAUAAAUAAAUUGAUAUAUUUGUAAUAUCCCAAUGUGUAGAAAAUUUAAAUUCUCUGACGUUUCGUCACUCAGUGUAAGCCACUUCUUCAGAGGAUAAAUAACCAAAUCAAAACUAAUCCAGGUUUAAAUAGUACAACGGAACAACAAGAAUAUUAUGUGAUCAAUCAAAAAACAAGUUAAAAUUUGUUAGUUCUGUUCUGUUUUAUUUAUGCAUAUAUUAGAAGUAGUGUUUUGUACUGUCAAGUUUUACAAUUGGUUAUAUUUCAAUCUAUAACAACAUAUAUAAUCGAACAAUAUUAUUUUCGAUUAGAUCCUCAUCAGGCUUUACUUUAAUAUACGGUAAUAUUUAUAUGUAUAUACGAAAUUAUUAAGCCAAUCAAAGUAUUUUAUGGGUCAAUGAUAACAGUGGAGUAGAUUACAUGAAUAGAUAAAAUAAGUGAAAAGUACGAAUUGGAAGUGUGAUGACAUGUGUGUGACAGAACCGAGCUUUGUAGACCUUCAUUAUAGGAGAAAUCUAGUAAAAUGUUUUACAAAUAGAACUAGGAAGAUACGCUCAGUCGAUAAAAUAAACACACACUUGGUCGAUAGCGCUCAUGUAGUAGACAGAAAUAGGUCAUUUAAAGUUGUUUUUUUCUCAAAUAUACGUUUCACGAUCCAAUUAUCUGAACACUUCUUAUUACAUAAUUUUAUAAUUCUUAUGAAUGUAAUUUCAGUGUCUAUAUUUUUCCUAAUCAUUGACCUAUUUCCUAUUAUGUAAGAUUGAUUCAAGCGUUUAUUAUUCUUAUCACAACUAGUACACCUGUCAUCCCAUUACGAAUUUGUACUUUUCACUUAUAUUUAUUCAUGUAAUCUAUUCCACUGCUAUCAUUGACCCAUAAAAUACUUUGAUUGCUUUAAUAAUUUCGUACAUACAUACAAAUAUUACUGUAUAUUAGAGUAAAGCCUGAUGAGGAUCUAAUCGAAAAUAAUAUUGUUUGUAUGUUUUUCUAAAUCACAGUAUGGUAAUUUUUCACAUUUUAAUCUGUAUAGAGUACGCGAACGUCAUGAUGAGUUUUACCGGUUGAGUCAUUUAAAGGUGUAGAAUACUUUGCCCUUAUUUCACCUAUUUGGUCGGGAAAAUUAAGUUUCCAAGAAUGAGAAAUUUUCCUUGUCCCUUUGCAAUUGUUGCAAGAUUUGUUUUGAUCCUCUCAGUUGACAAGCCAACAACUUAUGCUUGUGUGUAACUGUUCAGUAAAAGAUUUCUCCGAGCAUGAUCAAUAUUAUUUUCUUUUAUUUAGAAUUAUAAAAAACAGGAGCCGUCAGAAAAACUUUCAGUUAAUCGUUAUCACACAUGAUGAAGAUUUCGUCGAAUUACUUGGUAGAUCAGACUACGUGGAAAACUUUUUCCUAUUAUCACGUGAUGCACAAGGUUUAUCAGAAAUUAGAAAAGUCCCUAUUGGAGAACAUUUUCAUUAAAAUAUACAUAUUGUUUAUUUAAAUUAUAUAAAUGAUUUCAUGAGAACUUCUUAUUUGUUAAAUCACUAUUGUCUAGCUCGUUUUCCUCUCAUUGUAUAUGAAACAACAAUUAACGCUUAUUC